UGAGGCUCAGAAUGUUGCUCGACGACUUUGGAGAUGCUCGGUUUUAUGGAUUAUGUCCAAAACGCAUUCGCUGAAGCAACCGGUUGGAACCGCGACAACUCUUACGGGACGCUGAACGCAACUGCGCAAGCUUUACUCGAUUUCGAUACCCCCCGUGGCUUGCGUUUAAAUCUAUCGUCUCUUGCGGCACCGACCUUUGCCACAUCUUACAGUAUCGGGAGCGUGGGCGUUGUUGAUGGAUCCGUCUCAUACCUCUACUCCUCGGUACCGCUUCAAACAAGCGCAAAGAGUUGCGACAUAGACUUGCACCGUGUUAUAAGAGGAUAUCGUCAUUUAAGAGAGCUCCGGAGACCAGAUGACGAUGCAUGGUGGGAGUUAUGGCACGGCGGUAAACGGAUAGAUCGAAAGAAAACGCUCUUAUAUGGCCGGAUACUGGUUCCGCACUCUACCCUUGAGGCACUCUAUCUCCGGCGACUAUCACCUACUCGACAAUUGAGGAUAUCAUGCGUUAGUGAUUCGAACCUCAACAAUGGCGGCACAAUAUUGGGACUUCUUCAAAACGACCAUGGCAAAUACAGCACGGAGUAUAUGUAUAGCACCGACAGUGCUUUAAUGGGCGUACGCGGACUAUACAACUUUGGGUUCGACCCCCGUGUUGAACCUGCCAUACCCACCGGCCAAGAAACGACUGAGCCAAUCUACGGCCGAUUCAGCGCCGGCGCAGAACUCUACUAUGGACUACUAAACAAGAGCGGUGGCAUAAGUACCGGCCUGCGGUUCACAACGCUGCCGCACCAUACUGGAUUCCCCUACACGAUGACGCUUACGCUGAAUCCCCUAAUGGGCAACCUCUCUUCGACUUACGCAGUCAAAGCUGGCCAGAAUCUAGCACUAUGUUCGCGGUUCGAUUUUAACUUCUACUCCUACGAAAGCGAUCUCCAGGUCGGAUGUGAAUUGUGGCGAAGGCGGCGAAACCCCGAGGUCGAAUGGGCGGUAAAGAAGCUACGCCCUGAUUGGGACGCUCUGACACCAAAACCGGACGAGGACGUGGCGGGUGUUUUAAAAGCAAGAGUUGACCAGAACUGGAAGAUUGGAUUGCUGUGGGAAGGCCGCGUUAAGGAGCUACUGUUCACUCUGGGGGCGAGCUUAGACCUGAAGCGGCGAGAGCAGAUCUUCAGGGCCGUGGGCGUGGAGCUACAAUACUCGUCAUGAUAAUGAAAUAUAUGGCGUAUGAAUCGUAUGAUUCAUGCAAACGCAUUGCGGCUUUGUGCUGGCUGAGAGGCUCUGGCGUAUUCGAAAUGGAGAGCGAUACUAAACUCAUUUAUAUUGGAGCCAAACUAACGUACUAACAGUAGCAUUGUAGCUUUGCUAGUAUAUCACAGCAUCAACUUC